AUGGAUGAUGGACUCGAUCCUGCAGCAUACUCUGCUGCUUCCCAAUUUCUCUCCGCCUACGUCGCAGGCGACACCAUCUCGCGUGCGACUUCUCCUGGUCUACCGCUCUCCACCUCCCCCAAUACCGACGAUCCCAAGCGCUACCGACCCCGAACCUUUGCAUACUUUCAACUCCUUCCUUAUCCCGUCGAGGAUGAUGCCGAACGAGAUGCGGCUCUGGAUGGGAUACUCAAGCAGCUCUACAUAGCUAUCAAGGCUGAGGAUUUCGCUCCUGGUGCUAUUCAUUGGACGCGCCAGCUCCAAGGAUGGCUUUCCCUCAAAUUUGACAUGCCGCGCGAGCUACGUGCCAAGCUUGUGAAGUUGUAUUAUCAUCUAUCCCUUGCUCCCGGGCUAGAUAACAACUCCGCCGAUCGCUUUUCUAAGAUGGUGGUCACACUCAUUAGGAGGAAGCAAUCACUAAAACCCGAGGAGGACUUGAUCCUCGACUGGAGACCGCUUUGGAAAGAGUUGAAGGCCUUGGUUUUACCAGGGGAAGCAGCUGCGCAUCAUUCCUCAAGGAGACGAGGUGUUAAACACCUCAGAAAGCUUUGCCUCUAUGCCCAGCUAUACUUCGACCCCAAGGAGCGGCGCGCCAUAUUAGACGAAAUUUUACCAUACUUCAGCACCUCGGACAUCCAAAAUGCCUACAUAGUCAUCGGACUCUUAAAUAUCCUAAUGCCUACUACUCCCGCUCCGCCCACCGAGCCCCAAUCCCAGCCAUCAGAUAUCAUGCCUACUUUCUUCCACCUUUGGUCUUUGAUGUCUCGAUCUAAAGUUGUAGAUAAUGCCUUUAUCGACAUUGCCUCGCGAAUUGCCAGAGACUACCUAUCUUGUCGUCAUGUACCAUUUGCUGAGCAUGGUGUCUUUACGCGAGAGCAGUCCGACCUGAUAUUCACUGCUAUCCUCCGCCUAACUGAUAUUCCUGUUGGGCAGGCGAACUCACCGUACGGGGCGGUUGACUAUUCGGCUGGGAUGGGCAUCUUCCUUGAAAAGGACAAGAAGAAGCAUCCAAUCUCGUAUCUUAUUGCUCGCUGGAUUAUAUCUUCUCUGUCGCCUCACUGCCUCGAGAAGGAUAAUUCAAUUCUAAAUAGCUUGGAGGGUCUCAUGGAAUCGGUUGACACCUUCUUCCACCCCUCGAACCAAGGCUCCUGGACUAAGAUGCUAGCGCAGCUAACCUAUUAUCUCAGCGAGCUUUUUGUUUCUCGUUGGAAUAGAGAGCAAAGUGAUGAGCAGGACAACCCCCCCGAACGAAGAAUCAACGAUGCCUUAAAGCACCGAUUUGUCUUGAGUCUACGAGAGGUGACCUUCAUGGGGCUUUUCGGUAAAAGUUCUGCUAUCACAAGCUUGUACUUCAAUGCUCUUCAAAACCUUACCUAUCUAGAACCGGAUUUGAUGCUCCCUGGUGCACUUCAGAGGUUCUAUCCUAGUUUACAAGGUCUGGUUGAGGUUCACCGGACUACCUCAAGUCUCUGCGGCCUAAAUAUGAUCGCCAAUAUCAUGUCACGCCAAAAAGGCUUUAGAUGUCACAUCACUGCUCUAUUAGCCCUAGCUUUGCCCGGUAUUGAUGCUAAUGAUCUUAACAAAACGCAGUACACAUUGAACUUCAUACAAAGUGUCGCGUACAGCAUUCCAUUUGCGGUCCUAGCAAAGGAGGAUAACGAAAUUCAUGACACGAGCCUUGCAAUGCAAUGGGUUCAGGGGGAAAUGGAGCGAAUGGAACGCGAAGGACAGGAUGUUAAGAUCGAUUACAAGAAUGAGUUGACUGACGAGGACGAAGCGGACAUUGUCCGUUCAUCUACUGCGGGCUUUGGUGAAUUCAUCUUGACCUUGUUAGGAAAGGUUUUUACAUUGCUAGAAAAUCUCCCAGAUUCGUCGCAGGUAAGAUCGGGGUCUCCCGAAGACAAUAUUAUCAAUACGCUACCGUCCGCCUUAACGCCAAUGUUCGCUUCUCUAUCCCCUGAGCUAUUUGAUAUCGCUUUAGAGAAGCUCUCUACUUUCGUCUCAAGCCACGUCGUUCACCAGGCUCGUGAUGCUAUGGCGUGGACUUGCAACGCCCUCUGCAAAGUAAACCCGGAAAAAUCAUUGAAGGUAUUCAUCCCAUCGUUGAUUGUCAACAUUCGGAACGAAAUUGACUACAACGGGGCUGCAUCCGAUCGCAGCAGCGGCACUGAAAUUCUUCCCCGUGAUAGGGCCCUUGUCUGGCAUAUUAGCAUACUGAGCAUGUGUGUUGUUCACGUUGGCAGCGAGGUCCUCAAGUACAAGAAAGAUCUCUUUGAGAUCGCAGAGUACAUGCAAGAGAAGUGUCGAGGUCUUCCUACCAUACAUAUCAGCAAUUAUAUACACCACUUAUUGCUCAACCUCACCCAUACUUACCCCAUAGAUACUUCUCUUUACGAGCCCGAUGUUGUACAGCGUGGCCUCGACGUUGACGAUUGGGGUAAGACGACGUCGGCAACAGAUUUAACGAUCCGGUGGCAUCGGCCGCUAGAGGAAGAAAUUCAGUUCGCUGUUGAGCUAUUUGAAUCACAAGCCGAAGGAGCUAUGCAUCGGCUUGAGUCUUUCAUGGGUGACAACCCUCCAGUGAGCCGAAAAGGAACGAAUAAAGAAUGGUCAGAUGAGGUCUCUCGUCAACUAACUCAGUUGCGAUUGGUUAUUUCGGGGCUCGCGAUUCUUUUUGAUCCAAAACGUGCGUCUGGAGAAUCACGUGGGCAUGUCAAUGGGAAUGGAAUAGCCCUCAGUAAGGAGGACGAAAUUAUGCACGAUGAUGAUGACGAUGAUGACGAUGACGGUGAGAACCCGCUGGCCGAGGUAGGAGAAGACGACGAGACGAAACCCCAAUUCAAGUAUCCGAGUGGUUAUCUACUCACGCCGGACUCUCCACUUUAUAACCGAAUUCACAGUCUGCGAGAGGAUAUUGGAAGACUAUUGUCUCGCACACAUUCCUUCCUGAAUGUCCACCAGGAAGAUGAUGUUGCCUGCUUCACGGCUUUAUACAAUACAUAUCGUACGUGGAUCACGGAUGUAGGGUUUGAGCGGUCAGCACACCCAUUAGAUCGGCUCGUUCGACUAUAUCGGGCAGACAUUGCCCCUUUUAAGAUAUGCGGGCUGAGAAAGCCUUAUCCCCGGCCGCUCCUGAUCAAGAGAGCCGAUGCAUAUCAAUUGCAACGCGUCAAGCAUAACGCGUCAAUCCGAAGGAAGAGUGAACUUGAUAAGCGUCUCUUGCUCGACCUUGCAGAUUCAUCCGUUUCCUCGUACGCAGAUGUUAGACGCAUAGCCCAAGGCGCCCAAGAUGCUUCCCUAAAGGCAUUAAUCGGCAGUCGCCCUCUUGUUAUCCCAGUCAUUCUAGAGAGAUUCCGUAAAGCCCUCGAUGAAACCGAUCAUGAUCGUAUCAAGGGUGCAAUGUAUACCUUGCUUUUCACGAGUUUGCUUAGGACGCUGAUGAGAGAUUGGCGGUUUGCACCACACCUUAUGCGGCUAUAUAUCCAAACUGCCAAUGUCGAUAAGACCUCGAUCCAAAAUCUAGGCGCUACCGCCAUUUAUCCUCUGAUCGAGUUCGGCAAGAGGCUGGAACACAUGGUGUUGACCGAUGAUAACAUUGUCGGCCUGAUUAAGCCAGCCGAUGAUUGCUCAAUUGCUAUCGAUAAAAGGCACGACUUCAUUAUCGAGCGAAGAAAGAAAGUCGAGCAACAAAAGGCAGAGUUGGGGUUAGAACUAGCUGAAUUAGCAAAAGAAUCGCACUGGAAGACAGCUAGUCGUUGCGCCAUCUUCGCUACUAACCUUUGCCUGCGGUUCGACAGCAUUGCACCCCCAGAAUUCAUCGAACUUGUCGUCAAUGGGACGAACGAUCCACACCCAGGCCUAAGAGCUAGUUACUUGAGCGCCUUUUCGGGCGUUUUCUCUUCCAUCGACCGACGUGCUGUAUAUGGUCAUAGCUACCGAAAUUACUUGCAGGAAAAGGAACAAGACAUCAACAAACUUGUUAUUCCAGUACCGAAGGGCGAUGCCAAAUUUACGCAAGAUUUUCUAGAAAGCUUCAAGCACCCUGAGAGCGCGGAGUAUUUUGUCGAUACCGAUCACCCGGGAUGGUUAGUAUGGGGCAAGGAUUUCCACGCGUUCAAGGCUAAGCCAGGUAAAUUUGACGAUUAUGAUGAUGUGGAGAGGGCCGCAAGACAGCAGAUCGGCAAAUUGAUUACAAGAGAAUGGAUGUCUCGAUGCUUCGAAUACUUAAAACAGGAACCUCGAGAUUCAUCGUCCGAUAGAUUUAGGACGUCGAAUGCCGUCCUCCUUAUGCACAUAUUCGAUCUCAUGGUCUAUGGGCAAACCGAGCUCAAGUUUGAGGAUGUCAAAGAGUUAGUUGCUGAGGUGUAUGGCGAUGGAAGCGACAAGCACCAACAUCGUGCCACGGCAGAAAUCCUGGGUUCAUUAAUAGUCGGUACAGCGUAUGAUCCUAUUGAGAUGAAGGAAGAAGUAUGGAACUUCGCGCUACCCAUGAUUCUUAACAUAUUUGCGGACAACUUAACUCCCGACAACCUCUCGUACUGGGUCACGUGCCUCCACUUUAUUGUCGAUACCAAGGACCCGCGCCGUGCCAGCGAACUUGUCAGCCGUUUGAGUUCUUUCCGUCUUGAUAUGAGUUCCAAUGCGGCCUUCAAGGAGUCUUCGAAAGUGCAACUGCUCGAAAUAUUAAUCAAUGAUUGCGGAUGGCAUUAUCGUCAUGAGAAGCCAAUCUUAGAAGACUUUUUAGCCCACAUUGAUCACCCUUAUAAAGCGGUACGCGAGUCCAUCGGUCGUGUCCUUGCUACUACCUACAGGACAAGAUACUACGAAUCGUUUGAGAGUGUCGGCGCUCUACUUGAACAGAACAAGGCAGACUCGAACAUCGGUAUUCGACCGUACAAGUUGAACGAAGAGUUUGCUGCCACUAUUAAAGACGUAUUCGCCCGUCUAGAGACAUGGCGCCAUGAACGCACACCUGGCCAACAGACGCCGUGCUCCUAUACUUCUGGAUCAAAAACAGUUCUUACCUGGCUUGACAAUACUCUGUCUUCGCCAGAAUGCAUCGAGCUUAUUCCUUUCUUCCCUGAUCCAUUUAUCGACCAACUUUUACACAUGAUGGAUGUGAAGGAAGACCCUGAACUUAUGCGCCUAGCUUACCACGUCUAUCGUCAUUUACCUAAUAUUCCCUUCCGUACCGGAGAAGAUGUGCCGUUCACAGCAGCACUCAUUCGUCUAGGAAAGACAGCUACGAGCUGGCAUCAACGUUUAAGAGCCUUGGUUAACAUGCAGGUUAUUUAUUUCCGUCGGUUAUUCCUAAUGGAUGCGUCGCAACGAGAACUUCUCUUCGAUGCCGUGGGCGAUAUGCUGGCUGAUCCUCAACUUGAGGUCCGAACCGUUGCCAGCGCAACAUUGGCAGGUAUGAUCAGAUGCUCUCCUGCUACGAUACGAAACCCUUUUAUCGCAACCUUGAAAUCGCGUUUCGAGACUCAGCUAGAACGAAACCCUAUGCCAAAGAAGAGACAGCCCGGUACCGAAACACCAGUCAAUGUGACACAACAAAUUGUGAAGAGACAUGCUGCAGUGUUGGGGCUCGGGUCUUUGGUCGAAGCAUUCCCGUACGCGACACCACCUCCGAGCUGGAUGCCAGAGGUCUUAGCCCUGCUUGCGAGGCGUGCAGCUAGUGAUCCAGGCGUAGUGGGUAAGGCCACAAAGAGCAUUCUUUCAGAAUUCAAGAAGACAAGACAAGAUAGCUGGGGUGUCGAUCAAAAGUACUUUACUCAUGAGCAACUAGAAGACCUUGAAGGAGUUCUCUGGAAGAGCUACUUCGCAUAAGAAGGUAAAGGCUGGGGAAAUCAGGGUCAGUGAAUCAGUUUUCAGUCUUUAAAGAGCCGUAGCAAGGUCUGGUGAAAAACACGUGCCAAGUGUGUAGAAACUCCCCAUAAACGAAGAUGGUUUGGACGAUGUCGGUUCCUGAUUCCGGUGGCACCUAAUAGCCGCUACGCAUACAUAUAGACAUAGAAGGAUGAGCCAUGCUGGCUGAAAGUGGAACGGCCAUACAUACGAGAUGAUAAACACGCUUGAGGUGUUAUUACGUACGAUAAAUGAUAUCAUGUUGAGCAUCCAAGGCAGUAGCCUAGUCGGUAUUCUUGAUGUCCCGUCGGUCGGUAGAUGGGCCUCAAGGGGGUAGUGCGUUUGUAGAGUAAACCACCUACAGAAUAAAUUACGCGUUACCUACCUACCAACCAACCUAUGUAUGCUAUUGAGUCCUUGAAUUAUUCGGUGAUCGUUAAGUUUUCGAGCUCUUGUACCGGUAGGGGCCUGGUGAUUUGAGUGUUGUACCUAGUAUUACGAUACUAAUAUUUAGGCCCAUCUGCGUUGUAUAGGUAGGCAUCUAGGGUUGCUUGAGGGAUCGUGUAUACUAC